UGUCAUACGGAAGCCGCGUUGGUGUUUACAGAUGACGUUGGAGCUGUAGCCGCUUUGAGGUGUAGCUGACAAGAGAAAUAUGUUUCAUUAAACGUGUAAUUCAACAAAUAAUCGCUGGACAGAAGCUGGAAUCAAGUAAUUUCCCGUUUAAGCCUAAGAAUUAUGGGUUAGGGUGUAUUUUCUUUACCGUGGCUGAGCUUGUUUGGCAGUGUACGGAGCUCCUCUAAUGACAGUGAAAAGAUGUUGGAGUCCUACGUCACGCCGCUCUUGAUGAGCUAUGUGAACAAGUACAUAAAGAACCUGAAGCCAUCUGACCUGCAGCUUUCGCUAUGGGGGGGCGAUGUGGUGCUCAGCAAGUUGGACCUGAAGCUGGAUGUGCUGGAGCAGGAGCUAAAACUGCCAUUUACAUUCAUGAGUGGCCAUAUCCAUGAGCUACGAAUCCAUGUACCUUGGACCAAGCUGGGCUCAGAGCCCGUUGUCAUCACCAUCAACACCAUGGAGUGCAUCCUCAAGCUGAAAGAUGGAGCACAGGAUGACCAUGACAGCUGCUCCAGCUCCACCAGUCGCAGUGUCUCAGACAGUUCCAAGUCUACGACCAAACCCCGUCGUCUCCAGCAAGCAGCCCCUAGUGACCCAGACCUACCACCAGGUUAUGUGCAGAGUCUAAUCAGACGUGUGGUGAAUAAUGUAAACAUCGUGGUCAACAACCUGAUUCUUAAGUAUGUUGAAGAUGACAUUGUGCUUUCGGUCAACAUCACCUCAGCAGAGUGCUACACUGUGGACAACAUAUGGGAGAGGGCUUUCAUGGACAUAACUGCUCCAGAACUGGUCCUAAGAAAAGUGAUAAACUUUGCUGACUGUACUGUGUGCUUGGACAAGAGGAAUGCUAGUGGCAAGAUCGAGUUUUACCAGGAUCCCCUGUUGUACAAAUGCUCCUUCAGAACGCGCCUCCAUUUUACUUAUGACAACAUCAGUUCCAAGAUCCCCUCAGUCAUCAAAAUUCACACAAUGGUGGAGAGCCUGAAAUUAUCCAUUACUGACCAGCAGCUGCCCAUGUUUAUCCGAAUCUUAGAGCUGAUUAUUGCUCUCUACUACGGAGAAAUAGGAGCACACAAAGAGAGUGAGGGUGAAGAAGCCAUCCGUCAUGUAAGGGAAAGCGGGGCAAGUUCUCCUGGCACUGACGUUGAAAUGGAAAGUUUGGGAUCUAGUCAGUAUUCCAGCCAGGACCUGUACAUGGAGUCUGGGAGUCCUGAAGAUGCAGAUCAGGGUUGGGUGUCCUGGGCUUGGUCUUUUGUCCCUGCCAUUGUAGGCCCAGAAGAAGAAGGGGAAGGUGGCCUCCACAGCCAGGGGGAAGCAGAAGGCAUUUCCAGCAACCCUCAGCAGCACACAUCUAAAGAUCCGAUUGUUUCUAUAGGCUUCUACUGCACUAAAGCUUCCAUCACCUUUAAGCUGACAGAUACAGAGUCUGAAAGCAGCUACUACAGUCCUCAGAAAGUCAAGUCCAGAGAGGUUCUGUGUUUGGAGCAAGAGGGAAUCACCAUUGAGGUGCUCAUGAUGGGGGAACCUUUCUUUAACUGCCAGAUUGGCUUUGUCGGCUGCCGGGCGCUGUGCCUGAAAGGCAUCAUGGGAGUUCGAGACUUUGAAGAAAAUUUGAACAGACGUGAAGAGGAUGCAGUGUUCUUCAGCUGUGGAGACAACCUAAAGAGUAAAGGGAUGACUUACCUUACCAACUCUCUCUUUGACUACCGUAGUCCAGAGAACAAUGGAGUCAAAGCUGAGUUCAUCCUAAAUUCUGCUAAUCACAAGGAGACUUACACAGAGAUAGUUGGCAUGCAGCGCUUUGGGGCUUUCUACAUGGAUUAUCUCUACACAAUGGAGAACAGCAGCUCCGAAGGUUCUCAGGACUUUUCUGUGUUGAAUACAGAGGAGUUAGUGCCCACAGCUCAAGAGACCUCCAUGAAGAGGCUGGUGGUUGGACCUCUACACAUCUGGCUGCACAGCAGUGCCGUCCACCGCAUCCUCAAGAUGAUCGCCUGUGCCAUGGACCAUGAAUAUGAGCCUUAUUGCAAACCACAGCAAGAAACCACUGAGGCGUGCCAUGGCCCAGCUUCUCCAGAGGAGAUAUCUCGUUUAGAGGAGUUCAUCCCGACCAGGCUCACUUCUGUCACUCUGCUCCAAGUCUCUGUUACUGUCUCCAUGGCAGAGUUCAACCUUCUUCACGCACUAAUUCCUGUCAUCUUGGGAUAUAAGGCUACACCAAGACCAGUCUCUGUGCCAGUGUUUCAGCCACUGCACCCCCUACCUUCUGUGCAGUUUCAGGUCGAAAGGGUGAAUUUUGACCACUCUGAACCAAUGUAUGGUCCAGAGCUAGUCACCACAGUGAGCAGCCUUAGCCAGCCCCCAGAGAACCUGCUCCAUCACUGCUAUACACAUCUCUACCUCAAAGUUUUUGGUUUCCAGGCAGGCUUAACAUGCCAGGACCGCACGGGGAGCUUUCUGCCUCUCAUCUCCAUCAUCCCUUCUUUUAGCACAGCAAUCUAUGGAAAGCUCAUACAGUUGCCUACUUUUUGGAGCAAAAGGUCAUUGGUCCCCACUGCAGAGUGUAUUUUUGAGCUCCCUCACUUUACUGUUCAAGCCACAAGGCCUCAGACACUUCUGCUUCAAGCAAUCUGUCAGAGCUGGACUCACAGUAUGGUCAAUGGAUCCUCACUGCCAGUUAGUGAAAGUCUGCACAAUGAGGUGUUUAAAGUUCCAGGUGUGAAAUAUCCAGGCCCGUCACCAACUCUCGAGGGCUUGGUCCAAAAUGUGGAGUUGAAGUUCUGCAGCCGUGCAAUGGUGAAAUGUGCCUCGGGAACUGUGGGAGCUGUAAAAGUGUGCGCCAGGACCCCAGGUUCAGAGGAGGGCAUAAAGGAAAAGCUGGUUCCACUUAUUCAGGGCCCUUCUGACACCAAGGAACUCCAUACAAGUCGCUGGCUUAACGAGAUUCGCAAGCCUGAAUCUUUAUUGGCGCCGGACCUGCUGGCAUUUUCUGUUCAAGUGCCUCAGCAAGGAGAUGAUUGCAGGAACUCAGGUGCAGUCCUGCUGGUCAGUGUCCAGGGCAUAGCUGUAAAUGUGGACCCAAUCAUCUGUACAUGGUUAUUGUAUCAGCCCCACAGAGGGAGCAGCAGGAAACAGCAACAGAAUCAAGGUCCAGUUCUUCUGGCCAAGCGGAGAGAAGAUGAAGUGUCUGUGGGGAGCGCACCUCUGGCCAAACAGCCCUCCAAUCAGGCAUCAGACUAUGCAAGCAGCCCCAUGAAGACCAAAACGGUGACAGAGUCACGUCCUAUGUCCAUCCCAAUGAAGGUGAUACCGGACACUGCAGUUGAUGAAUCUUGGACUACCUCCGAGGAGCGAAUGAAGGAACUCUUCAGCCAUGCCUGGGAUGCUGUUAAGCGACUUACUGUCCAGUUGGAUCUGCAAUCCUGCUGUGUGUUCCUGCCUAAUGACAGCCUCCCUUCACCAAGCACUAUCAUCUGUGGAGACAUACCUGGUACCGUCCGUAGCUGGUACCACAACCAGGCCUCUAUGCCUGGAACUCUGGUUGUCUGCCUGCCCCAGAUGAGCAUCCUAAGUGCUGGACACAAAUAUAUGGAGCCUCUGCAGGAGCUCCCCUUCGUUGUCUCAAAGCCCAUUUUAGAGGAAGGUGAUGCCUUCCCAUGGACCAUAAGCCUGAGUCAGUUCAGUGUGUACACAUUGUUGGGAAAGCAGCAGAGUCUGAGCCUGUUGGAGCCCAUGGGAUGCACUUCCACCCUGGCCAUCACAUCUAAGGUGCAGGGCAGCUCUGAGGAAAGGCCCUCCUUUGUAAUUUGUCUCCAUGUUGAUCUACAGCCCAUCCAUGUAAAGAGCUCCAACUCUCAGGUGCAACUCUUAUAUGAGCUCUUCCUCAGCUGGAGCUGUACCUGGGCACGUCUCCAGAAACACGGUAUUCUGCGUCAAACUUCCAGCAUCCCAGACCCUCCUGCUGGUGUUGCUCUUUCUUCCCCAGUGCGCAGCAGUACAGGCACGGCUCUCCCUGACACCAGCACCUGCAGUCCCUCUGCAGACUUUGGCUCCCCCACUGAGGGUGACUCAGUGCCUGCUGGAGAUGAUGGUGCAUUCGCAGACACGGUGACUCUGGAGCAGAAAACCAGCACCAUCGAGGGAACCAGUGGGAAGGUCAGCCUUUGGAUGCAGUGGAUGUUACCCAAGGUCACAAUUCAACUCUUUGCUGCUGACCCAGCUGCUAGAAAGACAGAAAUCUGUGUCACCAGUGAAUUAGAAGAUCUGAGUGCAUCUGUAGAUAUCCAGGAUGUCUAUACAAAGAUCAAAUGCAAAGUUGGCAGCUUCAACAUUGAUCACUACCGAUGCAGUAUGGAGGAGGGUGUUCAGACCUCGGGCAGCUGUGGAGGAGUGGUCCUGUCUUGCACUGACAAGCUGAACAGACGCACUGUGUUGGUUCGACCCGUCAGCAAGCAAGGCUCUUUCAGCCACUUCUCUGGCUUUUCCCCUCCUAUGGCAGCUAAAAUCCUGGAAGGUUCUCAUCAGCAGCAUGGUUUUCUGUCAAUUACCUACACUCAAGCUGUUACCAAAAAUGUUCGGCACAAACUCAUCACCCGACCAGAGCGUCCGUCACGCAGCAGCAUGGCCAAUACAAGCCAGAGGAUCGCGAAUGACCCCCUGGCAGACAGCUCACCUCAGUAUCUGAGAGAGAUCCUGCUAACUGCCCAACCCUUUGACGUGGUGUUAUUUUGUCCCUUACUGGCUACUGUUGCAGGGGUGUUUCAGACUAGAGUACCAAGACGCUACAGAGAUCGUGGAAAGUCCGCAGGCCAGCCAAUGCGGAGCCACACAUUGACUUCUAGGUGUUUGCCUCUCAUUUACAUCAACACCAGUGUGAUCAGAGUCUUCUGCCAUGGAGCACAAGACAGGCAUGCAGCUUCAGAGUCCAGUGAGAAGAAGGAAGACACCCUUGUGUUAAAGCUGGGUUCCCUCAGCAUGGCUCCACAGGCUGACAACCCACUGACCCGUACUGUGCUGCGAAAAGAUAUCUAUCAACGUGCACUGAACCUUGGCGUUCUGCGGGACCCAGGUUCAGAGGUGGAGGAUCGUCAGUAUCAGAUUGAUCUCCAGUCUAUUAACAUUGGUACCGCCCUGUGGGAGCAGCUCAAGCCAGAGAAGGAGGGAACUAAAGGCAGAGUAUCAGCAGAAAGUGAGAGGAGCUCUCAGAAUCCAGCCCUGGAGUGGAACAUGGCUAGCAGCAUCCGACGCCAGCAGGAGCGGCGAGCAAUACUAACGCCAAUCUUGACUGACUUCUCUGUUCGUGUGACUGCUGCUCCUGCCAUCAUCUUUAGCAAAACUCUCUCUCCUGAUAGUGGGCAGACAGAGGAAGUGGUGGUGUGUGGCCACUCUCUGGAGGUAAAUGUGACCAGCAGUCUGGAUUUCUACGUCAGUAUUGCCCAGGUGCAACUCCUUCAGCAGCUCCUCAGAGACAACAUGGUGGGCUCAAAUGCUUCAGAGAAAUGUUCCGAGUUCAGGAGACAAGAGCAAAAGGGAGUCCAUCAGGAUCCUUCAACAGUUGGAGACUCUUCAUCGCGCCACAGUGGGAUUGGACAAGACAGUGGCUUUGGCAGUGACAGUGCCCGCAUUCGCAUUGUCCAGAUAGAGCAGCAAAGUGGGACCAGUCAUCACUGCAUUGCAAGGCCCUCUCACAGGUCCACCAUCACAAAGAACCUCACCUUCAUCCCUUUUGAUAUCUUUCUCACUGCCAGUAAACUAUCUGUUAUGACCUAUGCUUGUUCGAGUACCCCAAAAGCUCUCACUGCAUCGUCUGAUACAUCCAGCACACCGGAGAAGAAGGAGCCUGAGGAGAAGGUGGGAAAGACCAUCUUUAAUCAUCCAGACUCUCCCCCUGUCUCAGCCUCCCCAACCCCUGAACAAACCCCAGCUGCCCAGGGUUCACUUGCUGGGCUGACUGCAGACGACAUCCUCAACAGCAACACCUCUCAGCCACCUUCUCCACUAAUAAAAGGCAGCUUGCUCUCACUUGAAGGCCUAGCCACUCCAACUCGUUCCUCAGCCCGCCAAGCCCUGGGUGUUACCAUAGUGAGGCAGCCAGGGAGAAGAGGGACAGGGGAUCAGGUGUUGGAACCCCUCUUGUACCUACAACUUGUGCAGCCUUCUGUUCUACUUAGUUGCCACCAUCGAAAGCAAAAGAUGGAGCUGUCUGUGUUUGAUGUGUCCUUAAGAGGAGUUCCUUCUGACUACAAGUGCCUAGAUCCAGGAAAAACUCUACCAGAAACGCUGGACUACAACGUGUACUGGCUGCAGACAGUGGCCGCAGAGGUUGACAGUAAAACAGGUGUCCCUCCUCCUCUGCUUUGCUUCCAGAUCAAAGAUUUCCUCAAUGGAUCAGCGGAGCUAAAUAUGGAGAUGUCCCGUCCCCUGAAAAUCAGUCCCACUCUGGGGAAACUGGAGCAGGCAAAAGCCUACCUGCAGAAAGUCUUGCCAAACUACACAUGGGAAAGCUACAGUAAAACACCCUCUGCCUUCUCCACUCCUCACUCAUCUCCAAAAAAGACACCGCACCGAGCCUUUCCUCCUCAUUUAGACCCACACCAUGAAGCCCCAGCCCUGGGUAAAGCCAGCAGGACCAGGGCUCUGUCCUUCCACAAAGUCUCUCUCCAUACCGCACAGAUUGUUGUGGUCAUGGAGACCGAGGCCUGUCCAAUGAGGCCUAGCAUUACAGUAUCAGUGUCGGCCAUGAUAGCGUGUCUGACCAUGAGGUCAGGACCUCGGAUUGAUGACCCAGUUGAGUCUGCCUCUGUGCUGCUGACGGUGAAAGAUGUGCUGGUAAAAACAGGACUAAGGGACCGGGCCCAUGUGUUCCUGGGACCAUUUUCCUGCCACAGCUCCCUGGAAGCUCGAUGGUGCCGGCACAGCGGCAGCCCUGGACCAGAGCCCAGCCCCCCUAAACUGCUUCUGGACCUGAAGGGAGGUCUGCUGCAGGUUUUUUGGGGCCAGGAACAUUUGAACUGCCUGAUGCUGGUGGAAGAGCAUCUUCGUAACUACCUCCAUCUCCACAAAGAGGAUUCAAACAAUAGCUGGUCUAAGGGAAAGGCCUGCCAUACCCAGCCUCCUCCUUCUCCUGUCGCUCCGUCUCCUAGGGCAGAGCACAGCUCAGAUGACUUGCGCACAGGAAACUUUCAGUAUAUUCAGGACUCAGGAUCACAGAAACUGCCAGGACCCCAUGAGGUGGUGUUUUACAGUGAGACAGAAGACAACCCAGGAGUGAUGCUGUGGAGAUACCCUGAACCCCGUGUCCUUACGUUUGUCAGGAUAACGCCUGUCCCCUUCAACACCACUGAGGACCCUGAAAUAAGUACGGCUUACUUGGGAGAUGUCCUGCAGGUACCAUGCAGUCUGGAGUACUGGGAUGAGCUCCAGCAGGCCUUUGUCCUAUACCGGGAGUUCAGCCUGUCAGAAAGCUGUGCUUGCCAGCUGCAGCUGCCCAGCCUCAGCCUCACUGAGCAGCAGAAGGAGCUGGUGGCCUCAGACCUCUGGAGAAUCGUGCUCAACCAUAACGGAGAAGGAGGAGAUGAGCAGAGUUCAGAUAGUGAUUGUGGGUCCCAGCUCCCAUGUGAUCAGUUGGUGUCCCCAGUAGCGCUGGCAGCCUGUACCCGUGUUGACUCCUGUUUCGCUCCCUGGUUUGUCCCUUCAUUGGGUGUGUCCUUACAACUAGCACAGCUGGAAGUUCACCUCUGCCACCACCUGGAGCAGCUGGGUACAGUUCCAUCAAGGAAACUUCAUCCGUUCCUACCAGACAGGAAGUUACCUCAAGAACAAGAGUUUAUGGUGAUUGGUUUUCGGGAGCCCCAGGUCUUCAUGCGUCAGUGGAACAAUGGACCUCGUCUCUGUAAGGAGAUGAGCUUUUCCACCCAGUUGGACUGCAAACUACUGGAGUACCGAAACCUAACCCACCUGCAGCUUCUGCAGUCUUGUGCCCUACAGGGCCAGGCCACCACUAUGAGCUGCCCCCAGAACACCUCGUUAGCUGUUAAUGUGUUUGUGGAUCCCAUGUUCCUCAAUAUUAGCCAAUAUGCCAUCCAUACCAUGGACACUGCACUGCUCAGCUGGCAACAGAAUGGGAACCAGGAUGGGGAGGAGCUACUCUACAGUCACUAUGUGAUUUGUAAUGACACAAAUGAGACCCUGCGCUUUGGCCAGGUGGACACAGAUGAGAAUGUACUGCUGGCCAGCCUUCACAGCCACCAGUACAGCUGGAGAUCCCACAAGUCGGCUCAGCUUCUACACAUCUGCAUCGAGGGAUGGGGGAACUGGCGCUGGUCGGAGCCCUUCAGUGUGGACAAUGUUGGGACUCUUCUCAGGACCAUUCAGUAUAAAGGACGCACUGCCUCACUCAUCAUCAAAGUGUUGCAGCUCAAUGGCGUCCAGAAGCAGAUAAUAAUCUGUGGACGUCAGGUGAUGUGCAGCUACCUGACGCAGGAUAUUGAGCUGCGGGUUGUACAGCACUACGUCGGCCCCGACGGUCAGACGGUGGUCAGAGAGCACUGUGACUGCUUGGAAGCAGGAGCCAAACUGCCUUCCUACGUCCUGGAAGAUGCAGAGAUGACAGAACUUUGUAUAAGAGCACGUGGAGAUGAAGAUUGGUCCCAGGAUGUUCAGCUGGAGCGGAAGGAAAAGGGUAGUAGCAGCAGCUCUGUUGUACAGGUGGCCUGUUCCAGUGGCUGUUUGCUUUAUGUCUGGUGUACUCUCAUUACUGUUGAGCCCGACUCUCACAUGCAGCAGAGACUGGUGGUUUUCAGUCCGCUGUUUGUCAUGAGGAGCCACUUGCCAGAACCACUAGUUGUCCACAUAGAGAAAAGGAGUCUAGGACUAAAAGAAAGUCAGCUAAUACAUGGACAAGGCCACCAGGAACCCCUCUUAAAUACUGAGGCUGAACUUACCCACCACCUCAUUUUCCAGGCCAGGGAGGAUAAGGAUGCUUCACACUGUGCCGUACCCAUAUCCACAAGUCUAAUCAAACAGAUAGUGAACAAGACAGGGAAUGAAGACAACCCAGAACACAUCCUGGCUGAUUUCUAUGGUCCGAAGACCACCACAGAGUCAUCAUGGCCUUAUAUUACCAAGGACACUGACAGGUCAGCGCUCGAGCCUCUUUCCCAGUGGGACAGUCCUAUGCAGGUGAAGCUGUCCCGGUGGAAAUCUGGUCUGAACACACUCCUGGUGGAACUCCUCCCAUGGGCUCUUAUGGUCAACGACUCCCAGUGGGACCUCUGGCUGUUUGAGGGAGAGACCAUCGUCCUGCAGAUACCCGCUGGGAAGGUCAUCGUACCACCAAAUUUCAAGGAAGCUUUUCAGAUCGGUAUCUACUGGGCCCACACCAACACAGUCCACAAGUCCAAAGCACUGAAACUAGUUCAUGAUCUGACCUCUCCUCGAUGGAAGGAGGGGACAAGCUCAGUCGUGGUCACUCUGGAUGAGGAAGGAUACGUUGAAGUCGACAUCGCUUUGGGAGCCUAUCCUGGAAAACAGAAGGUGUGCCAGUUCUGUGUGUCCUCUGUAGUACGACAUGGAGUCCAGAUCCUGCAGAUAGAGGACAGAACUAUUCUUGUUAACAACACACCUUACAGCAUACACUACAGGCCUCUGCUGACUAACCAUGUACUAGGAGGUUGUGAACAGGUCUGUGAGAUGCCAGAGGGCACCGUAUUCACCCUCCCUCCAUCAGAAGACUCGUCCCUGGCUAAGCCAUGCUCUGUGCCAUGCUGGGACCUCCUUCAGACCAGUGUCCAGGGGAAGGUGGAGUUCCCUUUGCCUGUCAGACACGUGAUUUUCAGCCUAUUUUUAAGACCUGAUGCUGGAGUUGGAACUACAGCUUGGAGCGUCCCUACUCCGGUGCGGCCAGACUUACCCAGACAGAGUCUAUCCAUACCUGUGGAUCAGGUCUCCGGGGGUGGCCUGAGCAGCAGAGCCAUUGUGCUGACUUAUCAGGAACACCUUGGAGUGACAUACAUGACUUUAAAUGAGGACCCCUGUCCACGCAUGCUAAUUGAAAACAAAUGUCCUGUUUCACUGCUGCUUAAAGAAAAUGUCAAAGAGACACCAAGGACCGAGGUAUACUGCCAUCCUCUGCCUGCUAACUGUUCUCUCCACCAUGAGCUCUAUUACCACAUUUACAGUUUUCCCGAGUGCAGGCAACGGGAGCAGCUGCCCACCCUGCAGCUGAAGACCAUGUCAGAUAAUAGUACCACCAACUGGACAGACCCCAUAGAUAUCAACUGUCCUGGCACUCAGGUGGUGUUCCUGCCAGGCUUUGGUUGUCUGUACAUACAUGUGUCGUAUGAGAGAGGCACCUUGGUUCUGUCUCUGGCACCAGAAGGCAGCGUGGAUGCCGUUAUCAACCAACAAAGGAGGUCCUCCAAAUUGUCUGUCAGAAUCCUCCUGAGUGAGGCCAGUGUUGCAUUAAGUGAUGAUAUCACAAAUCCCAGCGGCUCCAUGGAGCUGCUGAGACUCACGUUAACCAAGAUGCUGCUGAGCCUGGUUCCUGCACCUAUUUCUUUACCUCCUGAGCUAGCAGAUGACUCUGCCAUGGCUUCCAGCUCUUUCUCUGUUCUAAUGACUGAUGCAACUCUGAUUGAGCUCUACUGCUAUAGUCUACAAGUUGACAACCAGUUGUAUAACCGGACAAGUUUCCACUUUCCUAUCCUGCUGUGCCAAGAUCACAGAGGGGCAUCUGAACCUGAAGGUUCGUGGAGCAGUGAUGUGAAUCCCACCAAAUCCCCUGAAGUUUUGGAGGAAUUCAAACGUUCCUGUUUUCUCCAGCUGAGGAUGACAUUGACCGGGGACAGGCACACUGUGGAGGAGGUCAGUUUCCAGCUCCAGCCUGCCAGAGUCUACAUUGAGGACACAUUUGUUUACUACAUUAAGACCCUGUUCGACACAUACAUCCCCAGCAGGCCAGGGGAGUCCAAGAGGGGCAGAGAGCCUGGAGCAGCUCUAAUUCUCCCUGCACAGGUGGUUGAUUCAGUGCAGGCGUUGGUCCACCCUGUAAGGCUGCAGAAACUCACCAUCCAGCCGGUCCACCUGCUGGUCAGCAUCCACGCCUCCCUGAAGCUGUACAUCGCUUCAGACCACACUCCGCUGUCCUUCUCUGUGUUCGAGAGAGGACCACUCUUCACCACAGCCAGACAGCUGGUUCAUGCUCUAGCCAUGCACUAUGCUGCUGGAGCCCUCUUCAGAGCUGGUUGGGUAGUGGGAUCUCUGGAGAUACUCGGGAGUCCUGCCAGCUUGGUGCGCAGUAUUGGUAACGGUGUGUCUGACUUUUUCCGCCUUCCUUAUGAGGGUCUGACCCGAGGGCCUGGGGCCUUUGUCAGUGGAGUGUCCAGAGGGACCACAUCUUUUGUUAAACACAUUUCAAAAGGCACCCUGACAUCCAUCACUAACUUAGCCACCAGUCUGGCGAGGAACAUGGACCGUCUGUCCCUGGAUGAAGAGCACUACACCAGGCAGGAGGAGUGGAGACGGGAGCUACCAGAGAGCCUCGGGGACGGACUGAGACAGGGACUGUCUCGACUUGGGAUAAGCUUGUUAGGAGCCGUAGCAGGCAUCGUGGACCAGCCCAUGCAAAACUUCCAGAAGAACUGGGAGAUGCAGAGCUCAGCUGGGAGCAAAGCCAAGGGGGUCAUCUCUGGAGUGGGGAAAGGAAUUGUGGGUGUGUUCACGAAGCCCAUUGGAGGAGCAGCUGAACUGGUGUCGCAGACUGGAUAUGGGAUUCUCCAUGGAGCAGGCCUGUGGCAGCUUCCUAAACAGCUUUACCUGCCUGCAGAGGAAAAGUCUGCUCUGGCCUCCAACAGCCACCUGAAAUAUGUCUGGAAGAUGCUGCAGUCUCUGGGGCGCCCUGAGCUCCACAUGGCCCUGGAAGUGACUAUUGUGAGUGGGUCAGGUCAGGAGUAUGCUGGCUGCCUGCUGCUCACCUCGGAGGUGCUGUUCGUGGUCAGCCUCAGCGAGGACACCCAGCAGCAGGCGUUUCCCAUCACAGAGGUGGAGUGUCAGCAGGAGCCAGAACGGCAGGGUCAACUCACACUCACAUUACAGCAGCAGACAGUAACCAGCGACACUGAGGGUGAUGGUGUUCGGGAACGUUUGUCAGAGCAGCAGUAUCAGCGGCUGGUGGAUUAUGUGAUUCGAGCCUCCCAGUUUCUCUCCCCUUCUCCUGCCUCUCUUCAGCUUCAGCCUCCAGUAACCGUUGCAGAAGCACCACCCUCUGUCACUAAGUGCUACCGCUACAUGGUGGAUCCUGUUUUUGCCAAGGUGUUUGUUAGUAAGUUCACUAUAGUGAAGAACAAAGCUUUACGCAUUGGAUUUCAUUGACCAGGAGUGAAACACACAUUAAAGUCUGACAUAUGUCCCACAUUUAUUGUAUGCCUUAAAACUCCUUCACUCUGUGCUUAUUUCCUAAAAGUUAAGUUACCAUGUAAAAUAAACCUUUUGAUGUGAUCUUUUCUAACUGGUCACUCAUGCCUUAAAGAAUAAUACUUUCUGAUUAAAACAAUUAUGAAAGGCACAUAAAGAAGAAUAGGCAGUAAAAUCCUUUUAUUCGUUUAAGCAUGUCAACAUACUUAUAUGAAUAAAUGCAAACAUGUAAGUUCAGAUGUUUGAGCAUGCAGAGUAGAAAACACUACAGCAGAGUUUAAUCCAGUUAGUCGAGUCUGUGAAAAACCUCAGUGUCACCGGCAGAAAUGUCAGAGCUUCCUGGAGUCACUUUGAUGUUCCACAGUUUGGAGAGUUUCGCUCUACAGAAGCAGCUCUUUGUGUUCACGUCUUGUAAAUUGUCCCAUGCCAGAUUAAAGUGCAAUAUUAAACAUGUUGAUGGAUCCUAGAGAUACCAGCUGUAGACCAAAGGUUUUAAGACAAUGUAACAUACUUGUUUAAUGGAGCCACUGUUGUGUUCAUGCCAAACCCUACUGAUGCAAACAUGUUGCCUUUUUAUUGUAUCACUGACCUCUACAUAAAAUGUAUUCUGUACAUGUAAAACCUAGAAGCCUCUUAAUAAAAAAAUGACACUGA